ACUGCAAAUCCUUCCAGAACUCCGACAGAGGUGGUAGAUGGUCUCCCUGUGCCAGCUGACCGACUUUUUUUCUUUUGCACCUUCUGUGCAGAAUUGUCCAAGAGCGCAACGCAAUGAUUUCGCCAUUCUACUGAUGCUGCACUGGACCGAGGGUCCGUUAGGUCUCCUUGUAGCUGACCUGCAUCCCGAAAAGUUUCUUUGAUGUGCGGGUCAAGGAUGGCUCUGGACCAUAUGAGAGCUUUUCUCGCCUCCUUUUUACUUCUGUGUGUGAUAAUCUGCAUUCAUGUGUCAUGUCCCGUCGGUGCGUAUCUCUACAACAACCGCUACGCAGGCGAUCAAGUCUUCAGGAUUACACCGAGGGAUCAUGAGGAAGUCCGAGCCCUCAAGAAAAUUCUGGGACAGAUGGAGGUGGACUUCUGGCAGCCCAACAGUGUGUCACUUAUCCAUCAAAAUGCCACAGUGGACGUUCAUGUGAAACGCAACGACACACAAGGUUUGCAUGUGCGCCUAAAGCGGGAAAGAAUGGAUUAUAAGGUGUUUAUCUCCAAUCUACAGAAGGAAAUUGAAAAGCAGACGGGAUAUCGCUCCUCCCGCAAGCGGAGGUCAGAGUCUCAGUAUGAUUACGAGGUUUACCACUCUCUGGAAGAGAUCCAAACCUGGAUGUUUGAAAUGAACAGAACCCACCCUGACCUGGUUACUAUGUUCUCCAUUGGGAAGUCAUAUGAAGGGAGACCUCUUUAUGUCCUUCAGCUAGGAAAGAGAAGUCGUCCGCAGAAAAAAGCCAUGUGGAUCGACUGUGGUGUUCACGCCAGAGAAUGGAUAGGACCUGCUUUCUGCCAGUGGUUUGUCAAAGAGGCUGUCAGCUCAUACCAGUAUGACUCUGUGAUGACACAACUCCUUAACCAGCUCAACUUCUACAUCAUGCCUGUCUUCAAUGUGGAUGGAUAUCGUUUCAGCUGGAACACGGAUCGGUUCUGGAGGAAGACACGGUCCAAAAAUCGCAAGUUUCACUGUAGAGGAGUGGAUGCAAACAGAAACUGGAAGGUGAAAUGGUGUGACGAGGGUGCCUCCUCUCAUCCAUGUGAUGACAUCUAUUGUGGCCCCUUCCCUGAAUCUGAACCUGAAGUCAAAGCCGUUGCUAAGUUCCUGCGCAAGCACAAGAAGCGUGUGAAAGCAUACAUAUCUAUCCAUGCAUAUGCACAAAUGCUUCUUUACCCAUACUCCUACAAAUAUGCCACAAUUCCAAACUUCAACUGUGUGGAGUCAGCAGCUCAAAAUGCUGUGUCGGCCUUGUAUUCUGCUUAUGGAGUGAGGUACAGAUAUGGGCCUGCUUCUACAACUCUGUAUGUUAGCUCGGGCAGCUCCAUCGACUGGGCCUACAGGAAUGGGAUCCCCUACGCGUUUGCAUUUGAGCUGAGGGAUACAGGAUACUUUGGUUUCCUCCUCCCUGAAUCACUAAUCAACCCCACCUGCACUGAAACCAUGAGAGCUGUGAAAGCCAUCGCAUCAGUUCUGCUGAAGAAGUGUGACCCAGACAAGGAAAGAUUUCCAUAUAUAUGAGUACAAGUACACGACGCCUUGUACUGUAUUCUUGUGAGAUUUCAUAUUCCUGUUAGAUGUUAUCAGCCAAAGGACAAAAUUGGAUUGUUUUUUUUGUUUUGUUUUGUUUUGUUUUUGUUUUGUUUUUGUUUUGUUUUUCUCUCUCUUUGGUUAGUUCACAUUAUUGUUCAUUCCUGAUAAGAAAUUAUGGUGGAGGGUCCAAAGUCUUCAUAUAUAUUAAUAUUUUAUAUGUGUAUUUUUACAGUGAAUGGUGGUCGUGAGCACUUGCCAUUAUUCAGCAGCACUUGUUUUUGCAAAAAGAGCAUAUAUUUUUGUCUUUCAAAAAUGUGUUAUACUAAACAACCUCUCUAGGACAGGCUGUUUUGAUUAGUAUAACUCUCUUCAGCUGUUUCACUGUUACCAUCUAAGAAUGGCCAAGACACAAUAUGAAACUGGUUCAGCUUCAAUAUGUCUCAAGCAGCCAUGAAGACAUGAUGAAGUUGAAAUAGUUAGAAAAUUUUAUUACAAGGAAGCAAUAAAUCACAAGGUAUGGAGUUCAAACUUAUAUUAGGGUGGGCUAAUGCAAAAAUAACAAACAGAACAAAAUUAUGUGAGCUAAGAAGGAGAUAGCAAAAUUAAGUACAAGAAAAUGCAACAAUUUACCUCCCUGGGCUAACAAAAACAGGAGAUAAGAGAUUAAAAAGACAAUGGCAGCCCACCCAUACAAACUCCUGGAGGUCCAUAGAUAAACACUACUGAAAAUAGAGGUGAGUAGCUACUCUGCCCUCAGUCCAGGUUUUUAGAGAAACCAUCCUCCACAAGCUAAUCCCAGAUGAGCUACUGGAAGAUGCACCAAUUACAGCCUGGUGCCUGCAUACUUAACCACAGCAGUCAUAAAAUCAACUCUUUUUAUUCAUUUUUGUUGCUUUUUGUUUGUUAGUUCUUUUGUGAAUUUAUCUUACCAAGUGCCUGUUUAGUUUUUUAGUGCAGUUUAGCAUUGCCUUACUUAAUGCAAACAUGUUGUACAUAAUAUGCUAUUACCAGACAUUUUAAUAGCUAUUUUGUUAGAAUGGUUUCUCCUUCAUUGGUUCAGAAUGGAAUGUAGAGAUGCUGACUAGUCUCUUCAGUAGUUUGCUGCAUCAUUGCUCAGGUACAGUUAAAUGACAGUGUCAAUGUUUACUUGUGACAGGAUGUGUACUUUUCAUAAGUAUAUAAAGUAUGACCUGAAUAAAUCUUUUAUAGCAGUUAAUAAGUUUGCAUCUUGGCUAGUCUGUUUUUUAUGCUGUGGUUGGGUUUCAUUAUUUUUGUUUCUGGCAGCAACUGGCAUCACUAGACAUAAUUUAAUUAACUUGAUUUAAAAUAAUGUACAAAGAAUAAGAUGAGGUGUCAUAUUUUUAGCCCUUAUUUGUGCUCUAAAUGUUUUGAACACAAG